CCUGCAUACUGCUUUCCUACUUCCUAGUCAUUAUCGUAAUUCGUUAAUCUCCUAAUCAUUCCUUAUCCUAUAAUUCCCCUUUCCUGAUUCUCUAUUUACCGGAUUUCUUUCCUUCUUACUCAUUUCACCACUCUGUUGACUACCCAUUAUUACUUAUUAGCCGGCGUAAUUAUACAUUUACUUCCGAUUAUCCUUGAUCCUAAUUAGAAUUUACCCUUUCCUGUUUUUUCUAAUAUUAAUUUAUUUGGCAGUUUUAUUACUCAACAAAUCAGCUCCAAUAAUUUAUCUUUAAAUUCCUAUGCUUCCUGGAAACAGAGAUUUCUAGAAAUCGACACCUUAAUUUCUUACAGAUCUGACUUCGUUUUUGAUGCUACACAUGUUGCUUUCUUAAUGGACAGUGAGUUUUUUUAGUGCCCAUUUCAAGUUUAAUCCUUAAUUGAGCCAAAAGGUUGUUCAAUGUUUGAUCUUAGCAAUGUGAAGAAUACCCAGAAAAGUUUUUGAAAUUGGGUGUAUUUUGAAGUAUAGAAGCUACUUAAUACAAGAUGCAAACAAGGGUUAUGACAUUAGAAGAAGGAAAAGACCCUGGUUCUGUGCCUAGAACAAGGGUUUUGCCAGUAAGAUUACUAAUGGUAUUUUUGAUGUUGUUGAUUAUUUUUGUACUUUUUUCAUUCAUUAAUCUUCGUACAUUUAAAAGAUUUGGGUUUGAUAGUGUAGUGAGAGUAGUUAGACCUGGUUUUGAGCAAUGUAUUGAAGAAUCAAGUGGUUUAGAUGAGUGGAUUAAACCUCCAUCUAAUUUGAUGCAUAGAAUGAGUGAUGAAGAGCUCUUUUGGAGAGCUACAUUGGUACCUAGAAUUAAGAGUUACCCUUUUACUAGAAACCCUAAAAUUGCAUUUAUGUUCUUGACUAAAGGUCCAUUGCCAUUAGCACCUCUUUGGGAGAGGUUCUUUAAGGGAUACCAUGGGCUGUUUUCGAUCUAUGUUCAUGCUUUGCCAUCAUACAAUGAGGAAUUUCCUCCCACAUCAGUUUUCUACAGAAGGCAUAUACCUAGCCAAGUGGCAGCAUGGGGCAAGAUGAGCAUAUGUGAUGCUGAAAGAAGGCUCCUUGCAAAUGCAUUGCUCGAUAUCUCAAACGAGUGGUUUGUACUCCUUUCAGAAUCUUGUAUUCCACUUUACAAUUUCAGCACGAUACAAAAUUACAUAAUGAGAUCCAAAUAUAGCUUCAUUGGCGCAUUUGAUGACACUGGACCUUACGGAAGAGGGCGAUAUAAUUUGAACAUGGCCCCCGAGAUCAACAUAACCGAGUGGCGCAAAGGAUCUCAAUGGUUUGAAAUCGAUAGAAGGCUGGCAGUUACAAUCGUCGAAGACACCACCUUUUACCCCAAAUUUGAAGCAUUCUGUAAGCCUCAUUGUUAUGUAGAUGAGCACUAUUUUCCCACCAUGCUCACAAUCCGAGCAGCAAAUAGUUUGGCAAACCGAAGCAUCACUUGGGUAGAUUGGUCGAGAGGCGGGUCCCAUCCUGCUACUUUUGGGAGAGGUGACAUCACGUUGGAAUUCAUCGACAAGAUCAGAAAGAGCAAGAGUUGCGACUACAAUGGUAAAAUUUCUACCAGAUGUGAUCUCUUUGCUAGGAAAUUUGCCCCGAGCGCCUUGGAGCGGUUGUUACAAGUAGCACCAGAAGCUUUUGGAUUCUGAUGAUGUGUUUUGCAAUUACACCCAUUAGUUUUUAAUAGGAUUACACAAGUUUUAAACUGCAGCUUGCAGUUUUUUCUUUGGCCUACUCCAUUUACACAUUAGUUAUGUUGUAAAGAGAAAUAGAGGUUUGUACUGUGUAGUGUAGAUAUUAGUAUUAAACUUCUGUUGGGUAUAAUAUAGUAUUUUGAUGAGGCUUAGAUUCUUUUAACACAUUGGUACUUAUACAUAAGAAUUGAUAUUGUUUUGCUGAGUUAUUGAGGAAAAUUUGAAACAAAUAAGUAUUUUUAACAAAAGAAAUAAAAAGUUAGGU